AUGUCGACAAAUAACCAUGUUGAGACACAGUCCGAGACGGUCGCACCUAUCGCUACUCCAGUCGCUGCUGGCACGACAGCUCUGCAUGAAUUAUUGACGACCAUGAACGGAAGCUGGCUUGCACUCGGACAAUCGUUCGAAUUGCUCAAUGAGCAGUCUCUGAGGGUCGCAAGCGCGGGACCUACGAUGAGUGAUUCAAUAGUAGAGAUACAAAAGCUGCGUCGCCAGCUACGUGCCCAAGAUAAGAAACAAACUCUGCGUGCCAAGGAGGUCAAAGAUACGAUCAAGAACCUCCUAAAGGACCAAGUGGUAGAUGAGAUGCGCUCACAUAUUCAAGAGCAAAUCGGGAAGGAAAUCGCUCUGCAAGUCAAGGAGCAAAUGGACGCCCAGAUUCAGGAGCACCUGCCUAUACCAUUGAGGCAGCAAACGAACGAGGGCAGGCUGGAGAUCAUUAAUCUUCGCCAUGCCCUCGUGAACUCAGAGGCAAGAAGAAAGAAUUCCAUGGUCGACUUACGUUACGAGGAUGAUCCAUUGGCUGUUGUCAUGAAACCAGAUGGGACCAGGAGUGACCUUUAUCCCGCUGACUUGCGAUCCCUGCGCGCGUAUGAUACGUACAUGAUGAGCGCGCUUCUCAAAGACCAUGGCCUCCCGGAAUUACAAUCACAGGACCAAAAUAUCAAACAGUUCCUAUGCCACAUUGGCAUUCCUGCUCAGACUGCUCAGAUGACGCUUGAUUCCGAUCCGCUGACAAUAUAG